ACCCAUUUUUAUAUAGGGAGGCAUCGUGGUCCAUCCCAUUCCCAUCCAACUGACCAACACAUGAUUUCUUAAAAAGUCAGAUCAGAUCGUCUCUCGCGGCGGCCACCACCACCACCACCAACCCCCCCUCCUUCCUUCCUCCCUCCACCCACUCUCUCUCUGUUGACCAACAUACCCUCUAUCACCAUCAACGUUUGUUAACGUAAAAGCACUUCAAAAAGAUCCAAAAAUUCAUUGUGCUAAACGACCCAGAUCUUCCCCACCACUCCCUUACAAAAAGCCAUACGCAAAAAUUCUUUCUUUGCUACCAAAUUUGUUGGGUCCCUCAAACGUAAAAGAAAGAAAAGAAAAGAAAGCCUCCACACAAUUCAAUUCAACCCCAUCCCCCAACUAUAAUAUUCUCUCUGCCCUUCCUCUGUUCAUCCAUAUCUCAAUAUCUGCCCUUUAUUCUUCUGAGACCUUCAUUUGUGUCUUUCAUAUCAUUCCGCAUCUGGGUCUUUUAGAUUUCUAAUGUUUUGUCUGAUUCCUAAUUGGGUUUUUGGUUUUUAGACUUCUUUAAAAGGAUUUGAUUUUGAUUCAACUCGAUUCGGUUGAUUUGUUGUUGUGAAUCUCUGAUUUGUGGUUUCUGGGUCGGGGUGUGUGUGUGUUGGAUUUUGUCUUGUUUUUGGUCUGUCAAUGGGCGCUUUGAAUGAGGGGCACUUCAAUGUGGAGCUAGAGAAUCGAGUGAACCACCUAGGGGGUUGCAUUGAGCUGGGAUUUGAGCAAGAGCCAGAGACCUUGGCCAUUGAGGAUGCUGUAAAAGUUCUCUUGCAAGGUUUGGGUGAAGAUGUCAAUCGAGAAGGUCUCCGAAAGACCCCUCUUCGCGUUGCCAAGGCCCUUCGAGAAGGAACCAGAGGUUACCGACAAAAGGUGAAAGAUAUUGUCCAAGGUGCUUUAUUCCCCGAAGCUGGACUGGAAAGUGGAAUUGGUCAUGCUGGAGGGGUGGGUGGGCUUGUUGUAGUUAGAGAUCUUGAUCUCUUCUCAUACUGUGAGUCUUGCUUGCUUCCAUUCCAGGUUAAGUGCCAUGUUGGGUAUGUACCAUCUGGGCAGCGUGUCGUAGGCCUAAGUAAGCUCUCUCGGGUGGCUGAUGUCUUUGCAAAACGGCUACAAGAACCACAGCGUCUAGCAGAUGAAGUGUGUUCGGCUCUGCAGCUAGGAAUCAAGCCAACAGGUGUUGCUGUCGUUCUCCAGUGUUUACACAUUCACUUCCCAAAUUUUGAAUCAGCUUUUCUUGACCUAAAUCACCAAGGAUGGGUAAAGGUGCUGGUUACUUCAGGUUCAGGAGUCUUUGAAAACGAGAAAGCAGAUAUUUGGGGUGAUUUUCUGAGUCUUUUAAAAUUCAGAGGCAUUGAUGUUGAGAAAACCCAUCCCAGAGACGCUGCUGACAAAUGUUGGUGCCCAUCUCAGGCUAUCUCUAAGGUGGGACCUUCCAAUUCAGGAAUGACUCUGGCAGUAGCUUCAAUUCUUCAGUCUUUGGGUGAAGAUCCAUCAAGGAACGAGCUUCUAGGAACUCCUACUCGUUUUGUGAAGUGGCUGAUGAAUUUUAAAAAUUCCAAUUUGGAAAUGAAGUUGAAUGGGUUUGUUUUUGGUCAAAUGGAUGCUCUUAUAUCCAACGGGAAUGUCAGUCACUGCGACGAACACAUCCAUUCCGAGCUAAAUUUGUCAUUCUGGUCUCAAUGUGAACAUCAUCUACUUCCCUUUCAUGGUGUCGUGCAUAUAGGAUGCAUCUGUACUGAAGCAAUCAACCCCAUUCGGAAGUCUUUUUUGCAGUCAAUAGUGCAUUUCCAUGGUUUCAAGCUCCAAGUACAGGAAAGGCUCACCAGACAAAUAGCUGAGACAGCUUCAUUGCUGCUUGGUGGAGAUGUAAUGGUGGUGGUAGAGGCUAACCACACUUGUAUGAUCUCUAGAGGAAUUGAGAAGUUUGGAAGUAACACAGCUACAGUUGCUGUCUUGGGUCGCUUUUCAACUGAACCUGCUGCAAGGGCAAAAUUUUUUCAGAGCAUCCCGAACUCUACUACAACUGGAGGCUAAUUUUAAUCCAAAGACCACUAAUGUAUUUGUUUUUCCUGGCAAAAUUGCCCUUCUUUUUUGCAAUGCCUUUCUUCGGCUCUUUGGCUGUCUUUUGGCACAGGCACAAGGAGGACAAUUCAGAAGCAGGUCUCAUGAUGAUUUGGAGAGAUGUGGGUUUUGCUCAGAGUUUUGUUUGUUGUUUGGUGGUGCAGGACUACCAAUUGAGUCUGAAACAGUAAGAUGGUUGAGGGUUUUAAUUUUUGUUUUUAUUUGACCACCACUUGACGUCUUUAGCACAAAGAAGCCUCUCUUUUGCCAACAAAUUUGGUAACGGCCAUUUUUUAACUGCACCAUGCUAUGUGAGAGAGUCAAGGUAUUUGAUUUUAUUUGUUUUUCAUUUUUCUCGACCCCUACUUAACCAUCUGUAGCAUAAAGAGAAGGUCUCUUUUGCCAACAAAAAGUUUUCAUUACACCCUGUUAUUGAAGUUUCUCAUAUGUUUUGCCUUGCUAAUUAUCACUUGAUUACAUGGUAUUGGUUUUA